CAUGUUAGGUUCUUUAUAGAGGAAGAAAGUAGGUUCAUAUAAAAUGGCAUGCAACUCUGCGGCUCGCUUAGUUUAACCUUGAGAAGGACCGAGAAAGCACCGCGCGCGGUCCAAGAUGGCUGCGAAAAGUUUAAUUUUAAUUCUGUUCGUAGUUUUUUGUAGGGUCGAAAGUGCAAGUUUACUUGAAAGAUCCUAUGAUUUUGUUAUGGGUUUGGGGAAGAAUCUAGCACCUAGUUUUAUGUCUAUUUUGGACUGUUUAGGGGAAGAUGAUGCUUGGAAUUGUGCGAAGCUUAAGGCGGGAAAAAUUUUGGACUCUUGGGAUGAAGAGGUUGAUAAACAAAGGAGGAAUUGGCAAGCGGCGGCAGACGCUGAAGCCGGUUCCACCGGCAGGUCCAUGGAAGAACUGCCCUCCAAACUUGGAAAGGAGGUGGAGGAUUCCCUCACCUCCUUAGCGGAUAUUGUGCAACAUGGUGUGGCCAGAGCCAUGUCAAGAAAACAUCACGAGGGCGGCGGCAUCGACAGCAUAACCAUCUCCACCGGUGGGCAAGACAAAAAGAAAAUGAAAAAGAAGAAACAAAAGCCCCCAAAGAUCCACCUAGUCCACCCCAUGAUGAUGCAGGAGAUGGAAAAGCCCACAGGUCGGGCGUUGGGGCGGACCCAGUCCUGGGUCAUCGGGGAGAAUGCAACGAGGAAGGGCAGGGGGAUGAUGGAAGAUUUGAGCAUGGGAGAUAAGGCGUUGGAUGCUGUGGCCGAGCAUGCCGUGAAGAGUGAUGAGGCUGAAGAUGGAAUUGCGGAUAAGAGUGGAGUUGAAGAGCAAAGAGGCAAAAAGAAGAAGAAGAAGAAGGCCAUCCUGAAGCUGCUGAUUCUCGGAGCCGUGCUGAAAGCCAAGAUCGGGACACUGCUGCAAAUUCUGUCAUUCAAGCUGCAGGUUAAAUUCUUCAUCCUCGCGCUGAUCGGUCUUGGCAUCAACCUGGCGCGGUUCUGGAUCGACGUGAAGAAACAGCAUCAACCCCCGCAGAAGGUCAUAUACUACGAGCAUGCACAGCAUCAGCACCACUAUGAUCAUGAGGAGGAACCUGGAUGGGGCCCGUGGUCCCGAAGCAUGGACCCUGUUGAAGAUUCCGAUUUGGAUGACAUCAACUCGAACAGCCCGUACAGAGCGCAGGAGAAGCCAGCGACCUAUAUCCGACCUCUUCUCACCCGGGUCUAGGCGUAUGCUUGUCUCUUUUCCUCUAGUCCCAGUAGCUUCGUUGUUCGGUAUUCGGUAACUUAUGGUGUAUUCUUAUUUGUCCCAGCCAGGCACAGAUGGGAAUAGGUGCAUUAAUAUGAAUUAUGCCCAUCUGUCCCCGCCUUUUGUAUGACGGCGGUAACGUGGAGCGGGGACAGUUGGGAAUACACCCUUGUUUGAUAUAAGGUUUGGGAUAUUUCGUCUAUCAGAUAAUACGGGAAAAAUCGACUUAUAAUACGACAACUUUACGUAAGCAGUGAAUAAUUUAUUAUUAAAAUAACUAAAUAUUAUUUAUUAUGUAUUAAAAAAAUACUAUAGAACAUUGUUACAUUAAUUUACUAAGUCCCACAGUAAACUCAAUAAGGCUUAAAAAAGGAAGGGUUUUAUUUAAAUUAAUACCUAUUUUUAUGUCGGUAUUAUCCAUCAGUCGGAAUUUUCCUAAAAGUGCUUAUUUGAAAAGGGUCAGUAACCAAAAACAACAGAAAUACUGAGAUUACAGGUCUUUCUACAGUCACUUUAGGUUUUAAGGCUAGAGUACCUAAGGGCCAUCCCACACUAGCGUCUCCUGAGCGUCGGCGUCUAGUCAACUCUAUGGCUGCUGCUCGACGCAACGUUGGCGCAACUGCGCAGCGACGCCAUUUCCCAUAGCGCUGACUAGUCACCGACACUAGUUUGGGGUGGCCCUAAACUAGGGUAAUUUAUUAAAAUAACGGUGUAGUAUUAAACCUUCUUAGAUAUUAAUCAAGUUUACCAAAAACGGAAACCAGUUAAUAUUUUUACAGUUUAAAUGUGUAUACGACAUCAAUUUGGUAGUCCUUAAAGACGAAAGGGGCGACCGAUUUUCCAUACAAAGUCCUCAUUUACCUCUCUGUAAGUGGCAUUGGCUCAGUAAUGGUUCAUAUACAUCAAAUUAUGUAAAAAUAUUUUAAAAUGCGUACUACGUUUGUAUGGAAAGGCGGUUUCAGGACGGUCGUCCACUUUCGGCAUAAAGUUUGUAAGCCAGUUUUAUGUGUAUUUCAUAAAAAUGGGGUAAGAUCAAAUAAUAUUAUUUAACAACAUAUUUUUAGUUUACAAAAUAUCUUUAGUCACGUGCAAUAUUUCGGACUCAUUUUUUUAGCCAUCUCUUAUAAUACGCACUGUCUUGGGUACAAGUAACGAUCGAUCUUGCCUCAAAUCAAAUUAUCCGAUUUAAACAAUACUUACAAUAACUUGUUUUAUUUUUAAUCGUCAUGGGAGCACAUUAAUUAUAUUAGGUUAUUUAGUUUAACUUAUUUAUUUCUAACUAAGCUAUUGAUUACUACUUAUAAAAGUGUACAAAAUAAUGUAGAUUCUAUCGAAUCAUUAGAAUAUUAACUAUUGCAUUUAUAUUUAUGUUAUAAUUUAUUAUUACAGUUAAAUAUAACCUCACAUUUAUUAUUGUAUUACAUUAUUGUGUUCAAUGAUCAUUCUAACUUGAAAUGUUAGCAUACAUGUACAUAUUAGUAUGUAUAUAAGCUUUCGUAAUAUAUACACAUAUAAAAGCUAACCCAUAAUACGAACAUUAAAUGUACUUUUUUCCGACCUAACCAACUUUGAAAAUAAAUUUUAAUUGUUAUAAUUGUUAUUGUUGUUGUAAUUUUUAAUAAAAUGUAACCCCGUUUCCAUAUUAAUUAAAACUGCACGACUAUUUCUUUAGCGCAUUUAUUGAAUGUGCAUUGAUUAUAACCUAUAUAAAUUAGUACAUUACGAUACAAGUGCGAAAAAUAGGAAAUUCGAAACGAGUGGCGAUAAAUUAAAACACGACCGAAGGGAGUGUUUUAAAUCGACACGAGUUGCGAAUUACCUAUUCGCACAUGUAUCGUACAACGUUUUACAGUACAUAUGGCCCUUUAAAUGUUCGACACAGUAACAUAAUAUGCUACUUCUCGCACUAGUGCUAUAAAGUAGCCCCAUAUGUACUGUAAAUUAAAUUA